UCUCUCUCUCUCUCUCUCUCUCUCUCAGAUCUGGUUGUCUGGAGCUGAACACCGAGAGGAACUCCAAUUUCCUUCGGAUUCGUACAAAUCUCAGGUACUUCAAACUCCAAAUUUCCUUUUUCAUUUUCCGCCACUUGCCUUUCCUUUCGUUGUAAUUCUUUUCCUUCCUCUCUCUCUUUCUCUCUCUCUCUAGAAUUCUCCUUCUCUUUGUUUCUGGCACCGAAUUGGAAUCAACCAAUUGCUAACUAGCUUAUCACCGGUCAAAAUCGUAUAAAAUCUCGUAAUUUUAUUGAAAUCCUCGUUUGUUUCUUAGAUUUCCGAUGGUUCUUUACGAAAAUAUUCUUUUUAUCCUUAAUUUCGUGGGCUGAUUUAGGGUUUUGUUUCAUUCAUAAAGAGAAAAAAAAAAAAAAUCCAUUUUGGUUGAAAUCCGCAUGCCCAAGUGAGUGAUAUUAUGGUGAGGGAGCAAAGGGUCGAGUCGUUUUAUGCGAAGCUCCGCGAAUCGGCGAUUGCUUCGUCUUGCUCUCCUCUGCUCGUAUUCCCGUCCACCUCUGAUGUGGACUCACUCUGUGCCCUCAAGAUCAUUUUCCAUGUCCUCGAAUCUGAUUCCGUUCGAUACGCUUGCUAUCCGGUCUCGUCGUUUCAGGAAAUUCACAACUACGCGGGGCCCAGUUUGUGCUCGUCCGAUGAGCCCAUUUCCAUUCUUUUGAUAAAUUGGGGGUGCCAUAGGGACUUAAGGAAGGUCCUGAAUUUAGGCCCGGCGGCUCGUGUUUUUGUGGUUGAUAGUCAUCGGCCCAUUCAUUUGCACAAUUUGAGUGAGCAGAACGAUAGGGUGGUUGUGCUUUACACGCAGGACGAUGAACAACAGACUGAUUUGGCGUACGAUUUUGAUGUUUCGGCUUUGGCGAAUGUGAGUGAUUUGAAUAGUGAUGAUGAGGUUGAUGAGGAAUCUGAUAGUGAAGACGAGAGUGAGAGUGAGGAAGAGGAGGAUGGGGGCGGAUCGAGAAAGAGGAGGAGGGUUUCGGAAGAAAAUAAGGAUGACCCAGUUCAAGUUUUCAGGAAAUUGAAGAGGGAGUAUUAUCAUAUGGGUACUUUCCAUGGGAAGCCGUCCGGGUGUUUGAUGUAUGAUUUGUCGCAUUCUUUGAGGAAGAACACAAAUGAGCUGCUUUGGUUGGCUUGCGUUUCAUUGACGGAUCAGUUUGUUCAUGAGAGGCUAACUGAUGAGAGGUACCAAGCUGGGGUCAUGGAGCUUGAACAGCAUAUCAACAGCUCGGGGAAUUUGGAAGCAGUAACUUCGGUGACUCUUAAAGACGGGACAAAGAUUCGAGCACCCAAUGCAUCUAGAAUUGCAUAUGAAGAUGAACCAAGGCUAAUGCUCUUACAGGAGUGGAAUUUAUUUGAUUCAAUGUUGUGUUCUUCGUAUAUUGCGACUAAAUUGAAAACAUGGAGUGACAAUGGGAUGAAAAAGCUCAAGCUUCUUCUAGCCCGGAUGGGAUUUGCACUUGUGGAUUGCCAGCAGAAGUUUCAGUACAUGAACCUUGAAGUAAAGCGGAAGAUGAAAGAUGAGUUUGAACGGUUUUUACCCGAGUAUGGGCUUACUGAUUUCUACUACAGGAGUUUCUUGCGGCUACAUGGUUAUCGCUCAAGGGUGUCAGCAGCGGAUGUGGUGUAUGGUGUUACUGCACUGCUUGAAUCAUUUGUGACAUCGGACGGCUCUUGUGCGUCCAAGCAGUUUGGCGUAGCUUAUGAUGCACUGUCCUUGAGCAAUCUUGAUAAGCUGAAAGCUGGAAUGCAUAAUGCAAUCAAGGUACAAAGGGCAAUUCUUAGGCAAGGAAGCACUGCGAUAACUAAGAGCGGUUGUAUAAGAAGUGGAAGGAAAUUCCGGUGGGUAAAGCUUGAAGACUCGGUGGACACAAAGGUUCUGGGUUACCCACAGGCGUUGACUAAGUUUUGUUAUUUUCUGAUGGAUGCCUUGCGAGAGAAGGGAGCAAGAAUGAAGCCUUUGCUCUGUGCUUGCUUAUCUCAAGAGCCAAACAAGGUAUUGAUCGUAGGAGUUUGUGGGAAGCCUCGACUUGGGGCAGUUCAAGGAAAUGCAUUUGGAAUUGCAUUCAGAAAUGCAGCCGAGGAGAUUGGAGCAGAAUUUUUCCAUGAGUUGUUCGAGUCUUCAUGGAUAGUCUUGGAUGCAGCUGCAGUUAAUUCCUUUAUGGUCAGGUUGACUGAAAAACUCUGAUGUACAACUAUAAGGCAUGUAUGGCUAAUACAACCCUCUAGCUUCUUUGCGCAGUUUUUUCUUUUAUCAUCAUAGCGUUUCUGAGAUGAUUAAUAAAUUGUAUGCGAUAGUUAAUUUGCGUGACUUGAUGUAAUUGUCCUUUUUCCUUUCUUAACAAU